AUGAAUGUGCCUUUACUGUUUUUGCUGGCGUGUAUUUUACACUUUAACUCCAAAUGUAGUGCUACUAUUCUGCCUUCGUCAUGUCCUUACCCUCCGUCACAGUGGUGCUCGACGCUAGACUCUGCCGUCCAGUGCGGGGUGCUGAAACACUGUCUCCAUGCCAACUUGACCAAAUGGCAUCACGCAGGAGAACCAGUCCAAAUAGAGGUCUACUACGAGACUCUGUGUCCCGACUGCAUAAUGUUUGUCACGCAGGUGCUGUAUCCCACAUGGGUGCUGUUGCAGGACAUCCUGUCUGUCCACCUGGUCCCCUUUGGAAAUGCACAGGAGGCACCAAGUGGGAGCAAGUACAUAUUUAAGUGCCAACAUGGCGAACAAGAAUGUCUUGGUAACAUAAUUCAGACGUGUUUAUUGAACAUGAGUGACAAUGCCUUCCUCAUCAUUUUCUGUAUGGAGGCCUCCACUGAUGUCAUCGCUGCUGCUAAGAGUUGUGUUCAUCUGUACAGUCCCGAAUUGAGCUGGGAACGACUCAUGAGUUGUGUGAAUGGAGAUUUAGGAAACCAGCUUAUGCAUCAGAACGCCGUAAAGACCAACACUCUGGAUCCUCCGCACCAGUUUGUACCUUGGGUGACCAUUAAUGGGGAGCACACAGAUGAUCUGCAGAAGAAAGCUAUAAAAUCUCUCUUCCCUCUGAUCUGCAGCAAGUACAAGGGAAUAAAGCCUGUGAUCUGUGGAGAAGGUGGGCAUAGAGAUUUAAGGAUCUAA